AUGAUUCCAUCUUACGCAAAACUCUUCGCCGCCGUGUGUGGUUUGGCUUCCACCGCCGUCGCCGUUAACCCCGUCGUUGUUCAAGGAAAGGACUUUGUCGACACCGUCACCGGCGACCGAUUCCAGAUUGUUGGUGUCGACUACCAGCCUGGUGGCUCUUCUGGCUUCAAGGGUACCGCCGACCCUCUGAGCGAUUCAGCUGCCUGCCUGCGCGAUGCCGCCAUCUUGCAAUACCUUGGUGUCAACAGUAUCCGUGUGUACAACUUGGCUCCCUCUGCCAACCACGAUGAGUGCGCUUCCAUCUUCAACGCCGCCGGUAUCUACAUGAUUCUCGACGUCAACUCGCCUUUGGACAACGGUUCCCUCAACCGUGGUGCUCCUUGGGAGUCCUACAACCCCAUCUACAUGGCCCAGGUCUUUGGUGUCAUUGAGGCGUUCAAGAACUACCCCAACACCGCUGGUUUCUUCUCUGGUAACGAGGUUAUCAACGAGGACAGUGUGGAGCUAGUUCCCAACUACAUCCGAGCCGUCCAACGUGACAUGCACGACUACAUCAGCAAGAAUUCUGAGCGUGACAUUCCUGUCGGCUACUCCGCUGCUGAUGUCCGCCCGCUCUUGGUUGACUCCGCCUAUUACUUGACUUGCAACCUCACCAACUCCACCACUUCUCGUUCUGACUUCUUCGGUCUCAACUCGUACUCGUGGUGCGGUGAUGCAACCUACACCUCUAGCGGAUAUAAUGUUUUAACUGAAGAUUUCACCAACAUCACUGUUCCAGUUUUCUUCUCCGAAACCGGCUGCAACAAUGUCAAGCCUCGUGUCUUUAGCGAGAUUCAAGCCAUCUACGGUCCUGACAUGUCUCAGGCUCUUUCUGGAGCUUUGGUGUACGAGUACAGCCAGGAAGCUAACGACUUUGGUUUGGUCAGCAUUAACGAUAACGGAACCGUCAGCCUGCUCAUCGACUUUGAGAACUUGAGGUCUCAGUACAGCAAGCUUGAUUUCAGCUCUAUCACUGCCCAUAACUCCAGCCAGACCGCCAUUACCGCUCCCGUCUGCGACCCUAAAGAAAUUACCUCCAACAUUACCAAGAGCUUUGCUGUCCCAGACCGUGUUGCCGGAAUUGAUGACAUGAUCAAGAAGGGCGUUACCACCAAUGUCUCUGUUGGUGCAUUGGUUUCCGUCACCUCCACCAAGAUCAACCAGACCGUGUACGACAACAACGGCAAUGUUGUUACCGGUUUGAUGCUGAAUGUCCUCUCCAACGGCACUGUCAACACUCCCAGCAACUCUAGCACCGUUUCAUCCUCGGGCUCUGGCACUAGCACCGGCACCAGCAGUUCUGCUUCAGCUUCAUCGACCAAGGGUGCUGCCGUAUCGGUUCGUGCUAGCGCUCUGACCGGUCUUGGUGCUUUGACCGCCAUGGCAUUCUUGGCCUUGUAA